UGCCGAUCAGCCACCCCAACUCAACAUGAAACACUGGCCAGCCCCUAUCAUCGGUUCAUCUCGCUUGCUGAGCUGCUGAGCUGCUGAGUUGCUGGCAACUUGCCAAUCAAGCGACCGGACCAUGCCCAGCCUGAGUCGGCGACGCGCUGGAAUGGGACGAACGACGGGUUCAUGCAGCAACUUCACAUCACACCGAUUCCAAUCCCCGCCUCGGAUUAUUCCUUCGUAUUGUCUCCUGUUUCUCUUUCUUCCUCUUCCUCUCCCUUCUUCCUCUCUCAGAUUCCUCAGCGUCCCUCCAUGCCGCCCACCUAUCCAUCAUGGGAUUACUGAGCCGGCUUCGCAGGCGUUCCAAGAGCCAUAGCCGCGCGGGGAAUGUGGCCACCUACGACCACCUCUGCGUCGACGUCCACCACUCCUUCGGUCCCGACGCCACCAAGAAGCUCCCGCGCCCGCUGCUCGCCCGCAUCUUCGCCUACGUCUGUCCCCAUACCGUCGACACCAGCUAUGAUACUUCCGAGGAGUCCAUGACCGAGGAUGGCUGCAUGCUCUGUGACAUGCGCGAUCUGGCCCAUUGUGCCCUCGUGUGCAAGCGAUGGUACCUAGAGGCUCGAUCAUUACUGUACGCCCACGUCCGCAUCGAUGCCGUCCACUAUUGCGAACUCGAGGUCGAACUCGCCGCCAAACGAAAACGUCGCUCCUUCUUCGACCGCAACGGCGAAGCCAUCGACGCCCCCCAAGUCCGUCUCCGCCUCUUCAUGCAGACCGUCCGAGAUUCACAAGACCUGGGAAGUUUGGUACUCUCCCUGCGAAUGCCAUACAUGACACGCGAGGCCAGCAAGGCCGAAAUCGCCCGCACCAUCUCCGUCACGCCCAACCUGCGCUACGUCGACCUACCGUCCGGGAUAUACAGCGAUGACGCGUCGUGUCUGGCCUUGAAACAGGAGAUUAUCGGUCGGUGUCCGGAUCUGCGUCGCAUGAGUUAUCGUCACGGCGCCGAGGGCAGCUUCUCACAGCUACCAGAGUCGCGUCUCUGGAUGAACCUGGAAGUCCUGGAACUUUCGCGCUUGCACGUCGAAUCGCGCGUCCUCCGACUAGGACUGGCCUCGUUUCCGAACCUCCGCGAAGUCACCCUCGAUGACCUGCCCUGGCUCGAAGACUCCGCCUUUGCCCCCUCCGACAUCCUUCCCCCCUUCCCAGCCGUCCAGCGGCUCACUCUUCGCGAUACCCCGAACGUCACGGCAAGCGGGCUUGCCGGAAUUCUUUCUCUACCUCGCAACCGCAAGGCUUUACAGUAUUUAACUCUCUCCGCGACGGGGAUCCUCCCAGCCACGUUGCACCAGAUCCUCUCCGCGGCCCCACAGCUCCAGGGCCUCCUGGUGAUCCAGGACGUAUCACGAUCCUUUCCCACCGAUCGGGUCCCCCCAUUAUCAUCCCGCUCGCUCAAACUACUGCACUACGAGAUCACCUCGCCGGCGGGGUCCUGCGGUCUCGCCCCGGUUGCAGCAUCCUACUACACAUACCUGAUCGCCUCCCUGAUGUCCAACAACCUCCCAUUCCUUCGCGACCUCUACGUCCGCGACGCCAGCUUCCCAGAGACACUGCUCCUCGCACCCCCUCCACGCCUCUACGGCGGCGGCGAAACCGGACCCCAGUUCUUCAGCGGGGGAAUCUCCCAACCACUGAACGUCUACAGCAAGGGAUUGGAUGAGUUGGAAUGGAACUUCACUCCGUACGAGCCACCAUCGACCCGCGGACGACGCGAUAGCACCACCCGGCCAGUGAGUUUCCACGACGCGCAACUCAGCCGGUCAUGGGGCGGCGACGCGCGCAAGAGCGUGCUCGUGGGCAACGGGUUUGGCGGGUUCCUGGCCGUGCCGGUAGAUGAUGGACGACCGAAGAGUAGUGGGGGAUGGAGACGAGAUAGUCGACAGGAUUUAUGGAGAUGAUCCGAUCUUAUCCUUUCUUUCCUCUUUCACUUCAAAUUGGGCAUGAUGGGCAGUAAUGAUAAUGACCUGACUUUUCCUAGUAUUUAUAUUCCACAUACGUUUAUCUUCAAUUCUUC